AUGAACUCGUCCUCAUCUCGUAUUCUGGCUAUUAGGUCGCCGUUGCUUGGUCUGGCUAAACUUAUAUUCCUCGGUCUUUAUAAUCUUCCCCUUACGAAGGCGGCACCCGUUCUAACAACCGGCUUUCUCUCCCGUCAAUACCUAUCUGCAUCCGAAUCCCCUCGCGAACCUAGCGAUCCGAGUCUAUGGCUCUAUCUAGGAAUCUCGGCGUUCCUUGUGUUGAGCGGUGGAGCAUUUGCGGGACUUACAAUUGCUUUGAUGGGACAGGAUGAAGUCUAUCUCAGGGUCAUUCAAACCUCUGGCGAAGAAUCCGAAAAGAAGAAUGCCGCCAGUGUUCUCAACCUACUGCAGCGUGGCAAGCAUUGGGUUCUCGUCACCUUGCUGCUAAGUAAUGUUAUAACAAAUGAGACAUUGCCAAUUGUCCUCGAUCGGACUCUUGGAGGUGGAUGGCCUGCCGUACUCGGAAGCACUGCCCUGAUUGUUAUUUUUGGAGAGGUCGUUCCUCAAUCAAUCUGUGUUCGCUACGGUCUACCCAUCGGAGCCUGGAUGGCACCAUGUGUGCUGGUUCUGAUGUACAUUAUGUCACCUGUCGCCUGGCCUGUCGCCAAGCUGCUUGAUAAACUUCUUGGAGAGGAUCACGGCACAGUCUAUAAAAAGAAUGGAUUGAAAACACUCGUCACUUUGCACAAGACACUAGGCAAAGCCGGAGAACAACUGAACUCCGAUGAAGUGACGAUAAUCAGUGCAGUUCUUGACCUCAAGGAAAAAUCGAUCGGAUCAAUUAUGACACCAAUGGAGUAUGUCUUCACCAUGUCCACUGACACCGUAUUGGAUGAACGUACCAUGGAUCACAUCCUCUCCCAGGGAUUUUCUCGCAUCCCAAUCCAUGCUUCGGAUAACCCAAAUAAUUUUGUUGGCAUGCUGCUGGUGAAAAUGCUCAUUACCUACGACCCAGAAGAUUGCAAACUUGUCAGUGACUUUGCGCUAGCAACACUGCCUGAAACUAGACCUGAAACCAGCUGCUUAGAUAUCGUCAACUUCUUCCAAGAAGGCAAAUCUCACAUGGUACUUGUUUCUGAGUAUCCGAGUGAGGAUCGUGGUGCUCUCGGAGUGGUCACCCUUGAAGAUGUCAUUGAAGAAUUGAUCGGUGAAGAAAUUAUCGACGAAUCCGAUGUCUUUAUUGAUGUCCAUAAGGCAAUCAGGCGAAUGGCCCCGCCACCAUCCUUCAUCCGCCGUCGCGAUUCGGUCGAGGCACCUCCUACCCGAUUCCAGUUGCGCACGCAUAACGCCGACAAUGACGGUCUACCUGCAUCUGAGGUAUGGAUCACUGAAAGGAGUAGCAAAGAUCGCAUUCGAGAACAGUUGAGGCAUCUAGGUCCUUCCAAUCUUGCGAGUCGACCCCGAGAAACUCGGUACCAUGCUGUGAAAAUCAAGCGCAACCCCGCUUCACCCUCUAUGUCUCCUUUAAUAGAAGGGCUACAAGCUUACACAGAUACACCACAACUCUCUAUCCCAGAUGUAGUUCGUGAAGAGCAUGAGGGUGAACUGUCUUCUAGUCCGAUCCGCAAAACCAGCAGCAGAGAUGGUAGUGCCACAGAUUUCACUAACUAUGAAGCAACUCGCAGUGGCUACAUCACAGAGCAUGUUGUAGACGUGAAUGGCAUUCAAAAAGUCGUGCUCCAUGCAAGUGGAACAAGUUCUUCCGAGGGAGAAACUCGAAACUCGCCGCCUCAGUCUCCUGUGAAAAAUGAUACCCAGAAAGCUACCAACAAGAAACGUCGCAAUAAGAAGAAGCGUGGGCAGAAAUCUUCUGUUGAUAGACCCACGGAGCAGCUGCCUCUUCUAGAAUCACCAAAUGACAUUCGUGGCGACUAA